CUCUCUCCGGCAGCCUUCCAUUACGUGGCCAUGGAUCUGGGGGGUCACGGCCUCUCCUCCCAUCACCAUCUGGGCUUCCAGUACCACAAGCAAGACUAUGUGAAUGAAGUGCGCAGAGUGGUGGCAGCCCUGAGUUGGAAGCGCUUUUCCGUCCUGGGCCACAGCUUCGGUGGCAUCAUCGGGGGCAUGUUUUCUUACAUCUUCCCUGAGAUGGUGGACAAACUGAUCCUGCUGGACACCAUUCCCUUCUUCCUGGACACAAAGGAGCUAAGCAACCUUCUGAGGUACAAGCGGCAGGCCAUCGAGCAUGUGCUCUACACAGAGGCCCUGCAAGCCAAGGCCCCCCAAGUACUCAAGCCCGAGGAGAUGCUCAAGAGCUUCCUAAAGAACAACAUCCAGGUGGGUGAAGAGUGCGGGAAGCUCCUGCUGGAGAGAGGAACCACCAAGGUGGCCCAAGGUGUGAUGCUGAACCGAGACCGCAGGCUGGGCCUGCCAGAGAACACCUUCGAUUUCCUUAGCCAGGAGCAGGCCAACUACUUCUGCCAGAAAAUCCAGGCCCAAGUGCUUAUCAUCAAGGCCAAAGACGGAUACAGUUACUUCCGGCCCUUCGACCAGGGGCACAAGGAAACCACGAAGGACAUUCAAGAUUUUCUACAGAGCGUCCUCAAGGAGCGCUGCCAGGUAGUCUGGGUGGAGGGCAGCCAUUACGUCCACAUGCAGGAGCCCCACAGGGUGGCCGGAAUCAUCACUGACUUCUUGGAGAACAAGGGGCCGGCCCAGGCCCAUCUGUAGCACCCCAGAGGCACUGCCAUUCGGGUCAUGCAGGCCGCUGGUCAAACUCACAGCUCUCCAGGCCCAAGAGUGAGGACGAGUGCCGCCGGGGCCCCCCCACAAAUGGCCUCCUGGGGACCUUCCCAGCUCAACAAAUAAAACCUCCUCUUCCUGUA